AUGGCCAGCGUGCACAGCCCCGUGCUGCUGCCCUCUAAGAUUAGGCCGCAGUCAACUGAGAGGCGAGCUCCUGGCGUGACGGAUUCCGCGGCGUACGAUGAACUCGUCCACAACUACGCCACCCUCAAGGCGAAGGUGAACACCGUGCUGGUAAGCAAUGCCGACACAAUUCGCCACGGCCCUGUCGUCGACCUCACACGGAACUACGUCGGUGCCAUGGGUCUGCAGGCCAUGACGAGCCUCCUCGCGAAAAACGACCGGCUGCAGGAGCUGCACUUACCAGGCAGUGGGCUCAGCAACGACUCUGUGGUCUUUUUCUGCCGCGCGAUGAUGAAGCAUCCACGCCUCGCACGCUUGGACUUUUCGCGUAACGACAUCUCACUCGCCGCCGGACUUGCACUCCUUUCCUUGGCGCAGCAGAAUCGCAGCGUGGUUGACGUUAACCUAAGUGGGACGCAGGUGCCAGACGCCGUCAUGAAGAAGCUUCAGUUCGCGCUGGAGCAAAACAGUUUGCGCGCCGCCCGGGCAGUGGCGGUGGCGGCACCGCGUGGCGCAGCAGCCGGCACAUCGCCGGCGACACGCAACACCGAGGCUGGCUUCACUUUCACACUUCGUGAGACGGUUCGAAAGGCGGAGUGGGGGCGUCGGGAGAAGGAGGCGCUGGAACGCCUGACGGCCCUCACACACGCCGCGGCAAACGCACCAGGCGAGCACGCCAAGUUUGUUCCCCUUCCAGACAGUGACUCCGGCUGGCGGCUGCUGGAGGUGGCUAUCCUGGCCCCGCCUUUUCUCUUUGAGUCCGAGGUGGCGUUGCUCGUGCAGAGUGUAUUCCCGCGUCUCAACGAGGAGUUGCUGGACCGCAAGGUGCACCUUCUUCCCCUCCUGGACCCGCCCGAUGAACCCGCGGGGGCAUAUCUGAGGCAGCUGCGCUUUGCCAUCGCGGCGGACGUCCUGCGCAACGUGGAGAAGUCCCGGCUGUUGACAAUUGAGUUAGUUGGGGACCGUGCCGGGGAGUAUGAGCAGCUUCCCGCAAACGAGAUAGUAAAAAGACCGCAGCUGCUGCAGUCGCUGCGUCGGCAGGACGGCAGGACCGACCCCAUCCGUGCUGAGAGUAAGGCGGCCCCGCCGUUACGGCCCGUUCUGCAAAAGGCACAUGAGUUGGCGACGGCGCUGUCAAGCUGGAUCAUUAUUGCCGCGCGCAAAGACACACGCAGGAUCGGCGUACCGCCCCCACUCGCCCCACUGCUUACCGAAGAACCCCCCGUGGAGCACCCGGAUUACCUUCAGGCACAAAUUCGGCGAACUGUUACAAUUGGCUCCGACGUGGUGUGUGGAGCACAGAGGAUUGAGUGCGAUGCCUCACUGAAGGCGAAGAAAUGGCAGGAACAUCAGCUGUUUCGCGAGACUUUGUUGGAUACGGCCCCGGUACAAGACUUGGUCAUUCGCAACUACAACGCCACCUUUGACUUCUGCGGCGAUGACGGUCAGGUGCACUUUAAAAACCUGGAGGAGUUUGUAGAUGCCGUGCACAAACGCAUCCUGCUCAUCAUGCUGGCACAUUUCCCACGCUGUGACGACAGCCAUCCGGCGUCUUACCAGGGCCCCAACUUCAACAAGUUUGGGGCGAGGAAGUUGGAGUUGUACCACAAGCGUCUGCGUGUUUUGCUCGACGCGUGUGUGGAACAUGCCUUUGUGAAAAAGAGCAUCACCGACCGCCUGAGUUUGUACAUUGUUACGCCGCCUAGCCGAAAUGUAUUCCUCUUGCACGGGUCUGAGCCUGUGCCGGUGACGGCACUCCUUGGGUCGUUUGCCUCGCGUUUACUCGCAAGGGAUGCACAGAAGUUACGCAUCGCGUUUCACACGACCCUUGCGGCGUCGCUCACAGAGGAGCCCACCGAUUUACGUGAGAUUAUCUGCCACGUCAUCCUUCAGCUCUCCCCAGACCAGGACCUUUACAGGCGGGCGGUUGCCGAGGUCGACAUCGUGCGUCUUCAGCAGCUCCUCGGCGACAUACUCACGGGUAAGACGAAAACCGCGGAGGCGUUUACGAAGGGAGGCGGCGGCGGCGAUGCCCCCAUCACUGUGGUGAUUCUUGACGGCCUGGAUCGGGUCCUCCCCAACGUUGCGCCAUGCAAGGCUCUGCGCCUCUCAAGCGACACGGGAAAGGACGUCUGGGGGACGCCCGAGCCAACGCCCCAGCAGUUUGACAAGUAUGGAUACAUUCCGCUCUGCCUUUCGCGUAAUGUGCGUCUGGUGUUGGGCUGUGAAACAAAUUCGGAUAUGUAUCGCCGGUUUGAAUCACGUGGGCGUGACAGUGCCGAACUUCUCUCCUUGGGGCCCAUCACACCGAACGACUUUGACGAGAUGCUCCGUCCGGAUAUACUUUCAAAGAUGGGUGUGACCCUCUCCGACGAUGACUUUGUGGUGAUCCGCAAGAAGGAGGAAGCCCUUUGCCCGGAAUACAUCAUGUUUGUGGUGGACGCACUGCGCAGCUUUAACGAGGUGCCCGGAAUCGAGACGCGGGCUGUCAUGGCGUCUCUGCCAGGCACCGUGAAGGGGAUGGUGCAACGGGUGUACAGCAACGUGCAGGACACCUUCGGUGUCGCGCUUGUCCGGAAGUGUUCACGGCUGCUUUUGUCCUCUCGCUGGGGCAUCUAUGAGCCACAGCUGCGCUGGAUGCUGCGCCUUUCCCAGCGAAGGUUUAACCAGCUCCUCCGCAUGAUGCGCCCCUUGCUGGAGUAUGGAGCACUGUUCUCCCUUGGCAUUAGAGAGGGAAAUGCCUUGCACCCACGUCUCUGGAUCCGGUCACGAGAAUUUCGUGCCCUACUCGAGCAGGAGGAUCUGCAGCAGGAGGGGGCGGAGGAGGACCAGAAGGUGUGGCACGACAUGCUGACGCACUGCUACCUCAACGUGGUGCAUGACGUUAUUGAGCGAGAGAAGGCACCGCCAAUGUUCGGGCUAAGCUCGACAAGCCCUUAUGAACGCAUGUCAGUGAAGGAGCUGCCGUACCACGUGGUACAGGCGCAGGCGUGGCACAUCCUGUUCCGUAGUGUCUUGUCUAUGCCCUUUUUGAUGCUUGUGUACCGCAACACGCUUGGCUACCACCUCGUGCGGGAGCUCAUUCCUGCCUUCAAUACCCUGUACGAGAUGUAUGAACUGGGGGAGCUUGCGAGGGACACGGAUGACCUGGAUGGGGAGAAACCCACCUCACUCCUGCGGCUGCGCGACUACAUUUACUUUUUGCGUCAUUAUAACGCGCGACUUACGGAGUUUCCACAACUUGUGCUGCAAACGGCGAUAGAAAGCGCAGCACAGUUUACCUUUGUUGGCAGUGACGCGAAGGAAUACGUCACGCGCAAGAUGAGUCAUCAUGCGCCUCUCCAGCAACGUCGCACCAUGUUUUUUGAGGUAGUCGCAUGCGCGAAGCCGACGAUUCACCACGGCGCGGUGACGGCCUGUUUGUUUUCGCCCAAAGGCAACCGCGUCACCACUGGCAGCGUGGACCGAAGUGUUUGCAGCGUGAGUACGGUGAAGGGCGUGGUCACGGCACAGGCACGACAGGCGCCGACGAGGGUGGAAGAGCUGCUCUACUGUGAAACUGGCUCCUACCACGCUGCUAUCUGCCACGACCGCACCCUGCUUAUUUACGAUAGCGCCCAGUUGAAGCUCGUGUCGCGGUGCGACGGCGGGGUAUUUGGAGCGCCCCUUACAUCGGUCGCUUUUUCCGCCCGGGGGCGCUUUUAUUUGGUGGCGACGGAGGACCUCCACCUGCGGGUCUUUGAUACCGAGAAGAGUAAAUUGCUGUUGCACGUGGAUCAGCGCCAGUUCCUUCCUGAAGGCGACAUCGCUGGAGGUGUCAAUCUUCUUCGCGGCUACGCCUGCGUUCUGCCGCACCGAGUCGAAGACGAGUUGUUCCACGCCACGUGCCACAAUGUGCUGACGACGUGGCAGCUGAGUUCGACACGACACGAAUUUGUGCAGGAGUCGCGCCAGGAGGUCGCCUUUACGGUGAGCUCGGGAAGGGCUGUGCUGGCCGGAACACACCUGCUGCUGCACCCCACUCCGUUUCCCGCCCCUGCAGACGGGCGACGGGCGCCUCCACGUUUUGUGCACUUAUACAGUCUCUCGCAGGGGCGCGAGGUGGCGGUGCUGACGAGCCCUGGUAGCCAACUCCUGUACCAAUUGUCCGCAAAUGAGAGGCUGCUCGCAAGUGCGAUAGACGACGGAUCUGUGGUCAUCCACCAACUUCCGUGGGCGACGCUUCAAGCGGAGGAGCUGAAUACGGUGGCGAUACCGCCGACGAUGGAGCUUGCGGCCUACCGUGCAUCACCCACGCCGACCGUGAAGGCACUGCGCUUUCGCGGAGACAGCCAGGCUCUCUUUGCCCUGGGCAACCGCUUUGAAAUGAAGUUCUGGGCCUUGCCACGGCGUCUGCUGUUCGGCGGUAACGAGGGGAAGACCCCCAGCACCGGUGAGGGGCACCCGGCGGAGGAUGCCAGCGCCAAUAAAGCGGAGGAAAAGGAACUCGUGGAGGGUGUCGCCGACGGCGAGUUCGUGCUAGAGCCCGCGGAGGUCACCUCGUGGGAUGUAGUGCAGGUGCCGCGCACGCAAGAUGCCGAGGUGGUGUUUGGUGACUCCACUGGGCGUUUGACGAUGCUGCGGCAAUGGAGCCCGCUGAUGUAA